AUGGAAAUUUUUGAUACUUUUUUUUUUCUCAUAUCAUUGACAAAUCAAGUAAUCUCCUAUAGAGAUCAAUUAUCGUUUGUUUUCUACAGUAAUCUACAACCAUGUUGGUCUAUACAGGCUACUUACAUUACUAGUACUAGUACUACUAGUACUACUACUACUACUACUACUACUACUACUACUACAGCUGUUGCUGCUGCCACUACUAUGUAG